AUGACCCGGAACAAGUGGAAGAACCGGAAGGAGGUACGUGGAGUUGGGUUUGGGAGGUACGUUGAGUUAGGGCUACGAGAGAACGGGCGGGGCGGGGGGAGGUCGCAACUGGACAGCGCGGAGCUGGACGUUCUCGAAAAGGCAGUGCGCAUCCUGCACCUGCGCUACCGCUCCUGCCUGCGCCCGCUCACCAAGGGGCGCCUGCCCUCCGUGACCGAGUUAAAGGAGCUGAGAGUCAGCGCUGAGGCGCUGGGGGUGCGGUCUGCCUUGUUGUGCCUCGACAGAAUACCCAAGGGCGACCCCCGUCGCCUGGCCCUCUUUGCCUUCCGCACAUUCGCCCUGCGCGCCGAGCUGGACGCGGAGGCUCUGCGCGACCUAGAUGAGCCUCCCCCAGGCAACGCCUGGCCCGUCUCCUCCUACCGCGUCGGCACCCCGCGGCUCAGAGCCCUCCUAGAAGAUAUGGUAGAGGAGGUGGAGAGUCUAUGGAACGCCACGAAUAGGACUCUCUAUGAGGUUGCUAUAGUGCUUGCUCCGGUUCUGGCGCAAUAUGCGUUGCUGGGGAAGGCGGUGGGGAUGGCUAUGGAACAGUAUUAUGCGAGGUUGACUGUGAGGAAGCACGGGCGGGUGGUUAUGGCGGUGGGGGAUGAGAUUAUCCUGUGGGACGACGGUUUGGAAGAUGUUAGGGAGCUGUUUUUGGCGGAGAAGGCAGCGGAUGAGCAGCCGUUGGGGUCGGCUGUUAGGAUCGAUAGCAUGAAUGAUUACUCGUGGUUCGUUUCGUGGAAUGGGACGUCUGCGGUGGAUAAUAUCCCGAGUGAAGUUUCAGUGAAGAAACUGCUCCACUCGAUCGGGGCGCCGACGGCGCGGCUGGCGGGGUUGAGGGCGCGGGAUAAGGGGCUGCUGAUGGGUGUGACUGUACCGGAUGUGAGAAUAGAGGCGGAGAAACGGGUGCUGGCGCAGUUGCAAUGGGUGGUGGACGGUGGAGGGAAGCUGGAGAUUAAAGCCGCUCGGCCGCAGCACCAGGCGAUUAGUGGGGGCGUGGGGGAACGGGAGGUGAUCUCGAGGGGGAAGAGAGGGGCGGGAGGGGGAGCAGGGGCGGCGGCAGGGGGUGGUGCGGGAGGGGCGGCGGGGGCAGGGGGAGGGGGCGGAGGAGGGGGAGCGGGGGGAGCGUUGGGGGGAGGAGGAGGGGGGGAUGACAAAGCGCUGCUGAAGAGAUCGUUUGCCAAGAGGCUCGAGUCUCUGGAUUCAGGCAUGGACGAACCCGAGCCGGCACAUGAAAUACCCUAUGAGGACCUCGUAGAGGCAACCAAGAACUGGUCGGAGGACCUGCAGCUGGGGGAAGGGGGCUCUGCGGUUGUGUAUAAGGGCGUGGGGCCGGAUGGGGAGCUGUGGGCUGUGAAGAGGGGAAAGAAAGGGGGGUUGACGCGGCUUCAGGACUAUCACAGGGAGAUCGAGGCAGUUUCCAAGAUGCUUCACCCGAACCUGGUGCGCCUGAUGGGGUUCUGCCAUGAAAACGACGAGCAGGUGCUGGUCUACGAGUAUGUGGCCAAUGGCACGCUCAGACAACAUCUAUCCCCGUUACAAGGCGACACAGAGAAAGGGGUGCUGUCGUUCGAGCAGCGGAUAGAGGCGGCCGUGGGGGUGGCGGAGGCGCUGCUGUACCUGCACUCGUGCAAGCCUGUGCUCGUGCAUCGAGAUGUGAAGAGCCUUAACGUUUUCAUGGAUGAUGAUUUGCAGCCGAAGCUAGGAGAUUAUGGCAACCUCAAGUCGAUAGGAGACGAUGAAAGCGCCACCACACACACGCGCGUGGUGGGCACGCCCGGGUAUCUGGACCCACAGUACUGCCAGACGAGCUCGGUGUCCGUGUGGAGCGAUGUGUACAGUUUCGGAGUGGUCAUGCUGGAGCUCAUCACGGCCAAGCCGCCAGUGCUGAAAGAAGCUGACGACUCGGGGGAGAGAAUGGCGCUCGCCAAAUGGGCCACCCCUGCCAUAUGUGCGGGCAACCUAGACGCAGUAGUGGACCCCAAUCUAGCCCAGGCGUUCCCCCAGCAGCCCAUGCAGGCUUUCGCCAGCCUGGCAGCCAUGUGUGUGCAGCGGCAGCCCAAGGACAGACCCAGCAUGCAGGAGGUGGUGCGGAGACUCAAGGUCAUUCGCCAAGCAGCAGCAGCAGCAUCGGUCUCCUCUCCCCCGCCCAUCAACACUCGCUCCAACCCAUCACAAAAGGAGAUGGCAGCAUUGGCAAAGCUGCAGCACACGAAUCUGGCAGCGAUCCUGGGAUAUGCAGCAGACAAGGAGGACAUGCAAAUCGCCUACGACCUCCCUCCCAACUGCACGUGCCUCGAGAACUACCUCUUCCCAGAGGACGCAGAGGGCGAGUUCUUACCGCUGAGAGUGCGGCUCAAGGUAGCAGUGGGGAUCGCCAAGGGGUUGACGUUCCUGCACUCGAGUGCAGUGGUGCAUGGCAACCUGCUGUCGAGAAAUAUCAUGCUGGAUAAGAACUUUACGGUGCUGCUAACUGGCUAUGGUCUGGCGACCAUGCUAUCCAAGACAAGCACACGCAAGAACCUCAAAGGCCCGGACGGCAUGGCCAAGGACGCAUUCGACUAUGGUGUGGUGCUAUUUGAGCUCCUCACAGGCCGCAGGGGCGCGCUGGUGGCGGACAGGGAGGGCGCGGACGGGCUCAUCGCGUGGGCAGAGCCGCGGAUCGAGGAGUACGAGCUCAGCGCUGCUUGCACCGAGCCGACUAAACGCAUGGUGGUUCGGAUGUUAGAUGUUCUGGCCAAGGAGUGUGUUCAGGAGGACCCGAGAUGCCGGCCUACUAUGAAAGACCUGGUGGUUAGAUUAUACAGCCUGCAAGAGUCCCUGGCGUCGCAGUGA